AGAGGUGCGGCCGACCAAUCAGCGGCGGCCGCCGCCUGAAAAGGCCAGAUUCGCGGUAAUAUACAUUGAAUUGUUGGUGUUAGCGCCGACAUUUGACGUGGAGAUUGAUAUUGCUCUUGUAAACAAGAGAGAGAGAGGGUGCCCUGGCGUGCGGCACAUUCCUGCGACGACGACGAGGAGGAGGCACCUCCUCCUGUGGUGGCAGACGACGAGGGCAGGCAGUGAGUUCUUCUGGUCGCUGGUCUUCCGAAGGGCGCUGCUGCUGCUGCUGCUGCUGCUGCUUCAAUGCUCCUUAGGGCAGGAAGUGAAGUGGCUGUGUGAGGUCCUUGGGUGGUGCCCGAGUGUCAAUUAGUAGUUGGGGGACGUUCGAACCCAAGAGUGAUUCCGGAGUGAUUUAGUUGAGGCGAAACGAUUUCCUCCUCCUUCUUCGUGGAUGAUCGUAACAAUGGACGAAAAGACUUGAAUCACAUCCAAGCAUUCAAUGUUGACAAUUUCAUUAAUAAAGUUGAAUUACAAACAAAAGAUUCAAUGUUGACAAUUUCAUUAAUAAAGUUGAAUCACAAACAAAACAUUCAAUGUUGACAAUUCAUCACGAAUAAAGUGCAAAAAGGUAAGUGAAUUCCAGAAAAAAAAAAAAAAAAAAAAAAACUUUUGAACAUGGAAAACUCAAAUUUCUGUGCGUGAAGAGAUUAUUAAACUUUCAGCGAGAAAAACGCCCUCACAAUGACCGUGACUUUUGUAACGCCCGAAAGGCUCAAGUUAGAGGAUCCUUCGACGAACGAAAAUUAAUCUUAGUAUAAAAAAAAAAAAAAAAAAAAACGUUCGAUAAAAACGCACAUAGAUAAAUAUCAACAUUUCUUGACUCAUGUGAAAAUCGACAAAAAAUAUAUAUACCACUCAAAAACCAUUUCGAAAUAUUCAAAGAGUGACGAACCAAAAAUUCGAAAAAUCAAGGAAUCAGAAAAAGGGAGGUCGCCAAUCGCAGCGGACGCCAAGGACUCGACAAACGGGGUGGAAACGACCGCUGCUGGGAAUCAAGGACUCGGUAGAAACAAGGAGUCGCGAGUCAUCAAGUUGAAACCCACGAAUCGAGUAGCCGUAGACAUCAAGGAUCAUCAAACCAAGGACUUGCAAAAAUGUUAAAUCAGAAAAAAUAAACAAUGACAGAUGGAAAUCUAGGAUUAUAAACACAAGGAUCUGUAAAACUUUUAAAUAGCAAAAAAAGAAAAACAAUGACUUCCAAAACAGUACUUUGAAAUCAAGGUUGGAUGUUGAAAAAAAAAAACAGUCGCCAGAAAAUCAAACCAAUAAACAAAUAAAUAAAAAAAAAAUAAGAAAUAACAGAUUGACGCAAAACCAAACCUACACGAAACAAGGACCCCAUCCGGAAAUACCGACCGGAAAUACCAACCGGACCCCACCCCCCCCCAAACACCACGAUGAGCGGAAACAAGUCCUUCCUCAUCAGGGACCUCUUGGGGGACGUCCUUGGGGGUCCUGCAGGAGCCCGACUCGCUCAACUGGCCCAGGAGAGAUGCAGCAGCAAGAUGGCCCCUUCUUCAUCACCCACCCUCCUGACGAAGGACGUCGAAGGGAGCAGCGUCCUCGGGGAGUCUUCGCCUCCUGCGGGGAGGAGGAGGAUGACGACGACAUCGUCUUCUUCGCCGGCGCCGUCGGCAUCUUCGUCUCCUUCGGGCUUCCUCGGGGACGAGAAGGACGAGGGGGAGGAGGGAAGGCGACACGGAGAUGAAGAAGGUCACAGAACGCCCACGAGGAACUCCAACGCCCACGGCAUCGCCCACCCGCCCUUAUCACCGCCCACGAGCUUCCCGGCGACUCCCCCCACGCCCACGCUCAAGGCCUCCUUACUCUCCUCCGCCCCUACCCUCAUCAUCCCGCCUCCGCCCACCAUCCUCACCACGCCCAUGAUCAAGUCCCCGCCCCUGAGCCCCCCGGCCGCCGCCCACCACGACGAGACGUCACGUUCGCCCUCGCCCAAGACGCCUUCGUCCCCUCUGCUGCCGGAGGAGGACCAUCUCGACGAAGGGCGCGACCCGGAGGACGACUCCUCUGCCAUGCCCGGAGACGCUAAUUCCAGCAGCCUGCGCAGAGACGACGACAAGAAGAAACCGCGCAGGCGUAGGACGGCGUUCACGCAUGCACAGCUGGCCUAUCUCGAGCGGAAGUUUCGCGUCCAGAAAUACCUGAGCGUGGCUGAUCGCUCGGAUGUGGCCGAGGCACUCAACUUGUCCGAAACCCAGGUCAAGACUUGGUAUCAAAAUCGCAGGACCAAGUGGAAACGCCAGAACCAGAUGCGGCUGGAGCAGCUCCGCCAGAGCGCGGGCGUGGGCGUCGAGAAGGACCUCCUGGGCGUGGGUGGCGGCGGGGGUCGCAACUCGCCCGCCGACCCCCUGGGCGUCGUGGCACCGACGUGCUGCCCGCCAUACUUCCUGCCGCCCGUGGACCGGUCCUGCUUCAUCACCACGGCGGGACUGUUCACCAGACUGCCCUACAGUCCCUCCUGCCCCUUGUGACCGCAGGCUGACCCCACGUGACCCCUGACGCCGCUGUCGUACAACAGUCCGUCGUGUCCCUUGUGACCUUCAGGAGGGGAUGGCUGAUCCUUCCAAUCCUUCCAUGGACGCUGAAUGUCAUCUCUCUCUGUCUCUGUCUCUCUCUCUCCUGCCGCUUACUACCUACACGUGUUGCUUGUUUACGCAUUUCCUUCGCUUUUUUUUUUUCUUUUUUACGAUCUCACAGUGGCCCCCGUGGGCAUCCGGGCAUCUAGCAGGCGGGCAGGUGUGCCACCUUGAUGACCUGCGGCGCGGUCUCUGCGGCCGCCGACCUUCACUUUUUCCAUUGGCAGCAGGUUUGAUCCCACUCAGCUGAUCAUUCCACUGUACAUAAAAACGCGAGUGUGUGUGAGCGCGCGCGUCUGCGUGUUGAUACCGUUGGUUGCGUCUGUAUAGCAAAAAUGUUUUUUAUAUCUUGUCUACUGUUAAGACCUUUAGGGUAAGGAUAGUGUUCGUGUCUAGCGUAACGUAACGUCGCAUUUCUGAAAACAAAAAUAAAUAAACAAAUAAGUAAAUCAAUAAACAUCAAAAUGCGGCUGUCCGUGACCCGUGGUCCCGGUAAUUAAGUGAAAAAACUGACGAACUCCAGAAAUGGAUGAACACAAAGACGUCGAUGGUAAUGGUCGAAUGUUGAAGUUGUUUUGAGAUGAAGCUGGCCUUAUGCCAGCACGGGCUCUUGCUCAUAGAUCAGCCAGUAUAAAAAUGCCGAAAGAACGGUCUAGUGAAAAUCGACUGGCUCUCCGACUAUAAUAGUGUUCACUUAGUUGCAAGUCUGGCCGCGAAACGAUUGUAAAACCAGAUGAGUGAGAAGGACAGUAAUAAGACAUGAUAUAUUGACUUUGAACAAAGAUAUGGGAACAUUCUGUGUGGGUAUCUGUAUCGCAAAAGAGCAUCAUUUGCUUUUUUUACACAUUCCACACAGAGAGCAGAAGACGGGGUUGUAGUAGUGAUAUCAGUGUCUCAAUGAUCCGCUGAAAAUAAGGGGGCUUUUGGACAUCAGAGAGGCAUAUUUAUAUAUAUAUAUAUAUAUAUAUAUAUAUAUAUAUAUAUAUAUAU